CUUGGGUGAACUGGUGGUUUUUAAGUAUGGUAAUGACGAUGCAAAGUCUGCUGCCGAGGAUGGCAUUGAUGAUAAGAUACUACUCGUUUGCCUGUUUGGUCGUGGCCGACUCUUCUUUUUAUCAUGUGCAUGCAUGCUUGACAGGAUCGAUUCUCAUCUUCAACAUUACGAGACCUCUCGUCAUUCAUGGUUUCAGUGCAGAGGUCACAGAAUACCUGCUGUGGGCACUUCUCUCCGUGGAAGAGGUGGUUCUUCUCUGCCCCGCAAAGUAUCUCCAUUGGCGUGUCCAACUGUAUUAUGCUGUUUGUGAGUGUUAUGCUGACAUCAAGGAGCUUGACCAUGCAAGGAAAUUUGUGCAAAGAGGGCUGGACCAGGUCAAGGAGCUUGAAGAGCUAGAGAAGCUGGACCCGAUCCCAACUCCUCCUGCAACCACUGCAGCGUACGCAAAGGCCAACCGGGAGCUGAACAUACUUAAGUUCAAGUACUCAGUUAUGAAGGGAAACACACCGGAUGCUAUUGUGGACACUCUAUCCACAUACUUUGAGAGCCCAACAGACAAACUAAUAGCGAUAGCCGAGGCUCUUUGUGAUCCUGCCCGGCGGAUCGUCAGGCACGCACCCUGUAGCGAAGAUCAGCUCCCGAUGUUUUCGGCAGCAGCACGACUGCUUGCACCGAUGAUUUCUGCGAUCAUCGGAGAAGCUGAGACAGGAAUCCAAUCAGCGGCAGGUGCUGUGUCCGCGCCUCCGGAGACUGUAAAUGCCUCCUCACCUGCUACAGCAACCUCGGGAGAGCCCCAGAGUCCGAUUGCCUCCAUACCAGGCCCAGACCCAGUCCCAAUCCCAAUCUCGGAAGCUGGGAAAGACUCACAUGAAGAUGGGUACACUUCCUAUGUUUGCCAAGCCAGAAUACUGGGAGAAUUGUUUGGCCUGAUGAAUACCACGCCCUCUACGAGAGGACAGGACCUUGCGAAACUUUCUCAUGCGCUCGACUACUGCACAAUGACAGCGUACAGAGAUAUCCCUGACAUCAUCGCUGAUGCUGCACUUAUCCUGUGGAGGGACUGCAAAGAGAUAAUCGAUGACAUCCAUGCAAACGACACUUGUGUAACAGGAAAAGCCGACAAGUCCGAACAGAAGCAGCUCGCUCGGAGGUUGAUGCAGACUGUGCACUCAGCGUUUGAGUUAGUCGACCUUGACGAUGGUGUGGCGAGGGCAGCUGUUGCACUCAGACUGGCAAGCAUGUAUAUGGAUGAAAAGAACACGGAAAAAGCCGCCGAGGUACAAUUUCCGGCUAUAUUCCAUGAUACUCCAUCUUCGAAAAGAGACACAUCUCGUCCUUCAGGACGUCCAUCAAACUUGGAACAAAAUUGGAACGAUAGAGAGAAGAUUUGCAUGGGCGUCGUGCAAGGAUGACGUACAUAAAUCAAGAAAUUGAAACAAACAAAAACAAAAAAG